GCUGCAGCUCGGCGGUGGCCGCCCUCUCACGCAGGCUCAGCUCCAGCCGCGUCACGCGGCGUGUCCCCGCUGCCACCGCUGCCCCCAGCGUCCCCACCUGAGGAACCCAGGCGUCCGGGAGGAACCCAAGGCACCCGGGAGCCCCCCCCAGGGGGAAAAAGGAUGUCCUCUCCUCCGCUGUCCCCGGCGGUGGCCUCGGCCGCGGCGGCCUCCAGGCAGGCGCUGCAGGCGCUGGCGGGGCUGGCGGAGGCGCUGGGGACGCCGGGGACGGUGGGGACGGCGGCGGCGCUGGCGGAGGCGAAGGCGGCGCUUGAGGAGGCGGAGGCGGCGCUGGCGGGGCUGGAAGCGGCGUUGGUGGCGGCGAUGGCGGCGGCGGCGACGACGACGACGGCGGCGACGCCGACUCCGGGGCUCGACGCCGAAGGUCUUUACCGGGCGCUGGCGGUGGCCGCCGAUGCCAGCGCCAAGGAGCUGGAGCAGGAGCUGCGCCGCAACCGCCGGCGCCGCUGGGGUCUGUGGCUGGUCCGGACCGUCACCCUGGUGCUGAUGCUUCUCUGCGUUCCCCUGCUGUCCCUGGACGUGGUGCGGGAGGCGCUGGGGGUGACACAGGAGAGUCACCUCGUCCCCUCCCUGGCCACCGUCGCCCUGGUCUGCCAGGUGGCCCUGUGGGGCACGGGGACAUCCAAGCGUCACUUGGCCACCGCCGCCAGCCACCAGCGUCACCAAGCCCACCGCUACCGCCGCCUGGCCUGGGACGCCGCCGCUGCCACCGCCGCCACCACUGAGGCCACCAAGGCCAUCGCCGAUGCCAAUGUCACCCUGGGGAUGCUGGAGGAGGUGACCGACCACCUGAGGACCCUGGUGGACGCUGUCACCCAGGACCUGGAGAUGGGUCAGGGCUUCCCUGCCAGCGCCCGGGCCCUGGGGGACACCGUGGUGGCCUUGGGGACAGCCAUGGGGGACAAGGAGGGGACGGAGAGGUUGGCCCGGGCGCUGGAGGCUCUGCCGGGGGACGAGUAGGGACAAGGACGGGGACACCGGGAGGGUCCUGCUCAUCCUGGGGACACCCCGAUGUCCCUUCUCCAUCUUGGGGACACCCCGAUGUCCCAUCUGGUGACAGCCAGAGGUCCGUCCUUGUUCUGGGGACACCAGGAUGUCCCCUGUCCCAGCGGGGGACACCAAGAGGGUCCUCCUCAACCUGGGGACAUCCCGAUGUCCCAUCUGGGGACACCCCGGGGUCCCUCCUUGUUCUGGGGACACCAGGGUGUCCCCUGUCCCACCUGAGGAGGUUGAGGAUGUCCCCUUUGUGGUCCCCCUUGUGGCCCGAGGACACCAGGGACGGGUUGGUGACACCGUCCCCCGUCCCCCCAAUAAACCUCAGGGACGCGCCGAGCCCCCGACCUGUCACUGGGGUUGGGGACAUGGCAGGGACAUGGGGACGCCAGGGCAAGGGGACGUCCCCACCCCAUUCAGAGGACACCAGGAGGAGGGGUGUCCCCAGGCCAUCCCCGUCAAAGGGCUCGGGACUGUCCCCAGUGUCCCCAGGGGUGCCCGGCUGGAUGUCCCCGAGCCAUGGGCGACACGGUGGGGACACACGCGGGGAUGUCGGGGAUAGCACUGGGGGGGACACUGGGGACAUCAUCGUGGCCACCAUGGGGACAUGCUGAGGGCCAGCACUGGGGACGAGCCGUUGCCACACUGGGGACACCACUGGGGCUGCGUUGGGGACAUCUCUGAGGCCACCUGGGC